AUGGCUACCGCUGUUAUGACCAAUGGGAACGCGUCGUCGGGCGAUUGGCACGAUCGUUACUUUCAUGUGGACCAAAUCCUGGAUAGACCAGGUCCUCGUACAGAUCCUUCAUUUCUGGCCGGCGAUGGGGUGAAGGAUUUCUUGCGGAAUCAAUGUAAGAUCCUCGUGAUCGGUGCAGGCGGCUUAGGGUGUGAGAUCCUUGCCAACCUUGCCUUGUCUGGAUUCAAGGAUAUUCACGUCAUCGACAUGGACACCAUCGACAUCAGUAAUCUGAACCGUCAGUUUUUGUUCAGACCGAAAGAUGUAGGCAAGCCUAAGGCUAUUGUGGCUGCUGAAUUCAUUAUGCAACGGGUACCAGGUGUGAAAGUUACUCCAUAUUACGGAAAGAUUCAGGACAAGGACGACGACUAUUACAUGCAAUUCAACCUCGUAAUUUGCGGACUCGACUCGGUUGAGGCCCGAAGAUGGAUCAAUGCCACUCUGGUCAACCUCGUGGAUCCGGAGAAUCCAGAGAGUCUGAAACCUCUCAUCGAUGGAGGCACUGAGGGCAAGUAUAUAUGCGAUAAGAAGCUCGACACCGACGAUCCAGAACACAUUGGUUGGCUAUACUCAGUUGCUUCGGCGCGCGCAAAGGAGUUCAAGAUAGAAGGUGUUACGUGGUCUUUGACACAAGGCGUUGUGAAGAACAUUAUUCCUGCCAUUGCUUCGACGAAUGCCAUCAUCGCAGCAUCCUGCUGUAAUGAAGCAUUCAAGAUUGCGACCAGUUCGGCUGCAUACCUGAACAACUACUUCAUGCUCAUUGGAACAGAUGGAAUCUAUUCCUAUACUUUCGAGCAUUGGAAGCGCGAUGACUGUCCAGUCUGUGGCGGAGAAGCAUUAGACAUUUCAGUCGGCAAGGAAUGGACAGUUGAUCGUCUAAUAGAGAUGUUGGUCGAGAAACAAGAUAUUCAAAUCAAGAAACCAUCUUUGUCCACCGUUGCAAGACAGAUUUAUUUUCAGGCGCCUCCACAGCUCGAAGAAGCAACCCGACCAAACCUGGAGAAGAAAGUGUCAGAGCUAGUGGAAGACGGCGGAGAUAUCAUUGUCACAUCCUCCACUCUUCCUUUCAACCUGACGCUGCGGGCGGACAUCAAUAAAGCUGGCUGGGAACAAAGCGAGUUCCCAAUUCUUUGCGAAACUUGUCUCGGUGACAAUGCGUUUGUGCGCAUGUCGAAGCAGGAGUAUGGCCGUUCAUGCGGAACGUGCGCGCGACCGUUCACCGUGUUCCGGUGGAACCCAGGUACCGCCAUGCGCUUCAAGACGACUGUGAUCUGCCAGACAUGCGCAAAGAUCAAAAAUGUGUGCCAGACAUGUCUCCUGGAUCUCGAGUACGGCCUCCCCACCCAGGUUCGCGACACAGCGCUCGCGUUGCAGAACGAGGCACCAACGAGUGAGAUCAAUCGGGAGUAUUAUGCGCAGAAUAUGGAUGGGAAGAUGGAAGGGAGCAGGUCAUUACUUGACUCUGGCAGAGCUUCAUCUGCGGGCAAGGAGAUGCUGAAGCAACUUGCUCGCACCGAUCCAUAUUACAAACGGAACCGACCCCACCUGUGCUCCUUUUAUGCCAAGGGCGAGUGCGUGCGAGGAGCAGAAUGUCCAUACCGGCAUGAGAUGCCUGUGGACAACGAACUGUCCAAGCAAAAUAUACAAGACCGAUACCAUGGGCACAAUGAUCCUGUGGCACGCAAGAUCAUGACCAGCCAUGCAGAAGCUAUGGGUUUGCAGCCUCCCGAGGACCAGUCAAUUAUGUCUAUCUUCCUCACGUCAUUACCUGCCACUGCCACCGAGCAGAGUAUUCGCACAAGGGUGGUUCAAUCACUGCCUGGCGUCCAACCCUCUCAGCUCAAGUCAGUCGUACAUGUCGCGAAGUCAAGAUGUGCAUUUGUCAACUUCAAAGAUCGAGCAUCGGCAGAACUGGCAGCUCAGGCUUGGGCUAACGGCCUGGAGAUGGAAGGUGAAAUUCUGGGCGUUAAGUGGGGUCGGACUCUCACCGCCCUCCGUCUACUUUCAGACACUUGUACUGCCGCCAUCGAUGGGCUUCAACCGUCGCCGACUGUCUCCCCGUCGCAAGCAUCAGCGCCCUCCAGCGACGUCCUCCGGAAAGACUUUGUUUCGCUGCUCUCCCUGGUCUAUACCUCCACCACGAAGCUCACACUCGCCUUCCGCCAGCCCGAGCCCGCAUAUUCCGCCGCGGUCGCGCCCAUCCGCGACCUUGCAGCAUACAUCGCCGCGCUCACGACGUGUACGUCGCUCUUCGACGCGCACGGCGCGACGCUGAGUGCGGAGGUGCGGCUCGCCGCACGGGAGGUGUGCGAAUCCGUGCGCUGGCUGGCGCGGACGCUGGGCGGGGACGCGGACGCCGGGGAGGAUAACCUCGUGCGCACGGGCGAGGUGCACGACCUGGUCGACCGUGCGCGCCGUGAGCUCUCUGCUAACAAUCUCGCGGCCGUACGGAAACGGUGGGUUCAGGAUAGGGCCAUCCUCGACGAUACGCUCUGUGAGGUCGCCGAGAUGGUGGAGACUGCUGCUGUUGAAGGCGAUGGAGAGGACGAUGAGUUUGAUGACGGUGAGUGGGAUGAACUGGGGUUGGGCUCGAGCAAGAAGAUGUCUGAGGUGGAGUUGGAUCGUACAAAGAAGAUCCAGCCGCUUCUCAGAUUCUCCACUCUUCUACACAAACGCGUGCUACUGGAUAUCCUCCCUACAGCUCCUCCGCCAAGAACAGACCCAACUUCGUACAAUGCGGACCUCGACAGCCUACCAUCGCACUCGCACGCGCUCGUUCUUGCGUCCGAGGAGCUCGUCGCAGUGCUAUAUGCACCUCAGGACAUAUUCGCCGUCACUUCUGCGAUAUCUGCACAUGGAGACGUCGUGCGCCAGUUGCGUGCGGUCCUUGUUGACAAGGCGCUAUUGCCCGCGCCCGCCGACGAGGUGGAGGCACUGGCUGAAGGAGUGGGCGUGAUGAGCGUCACCCGUAGCGCCAUCAAGGGGAAGAAGGAUGUAAGGAAGUGGUUUGACACAUGUUUCGCGCAGAUCGAGAAACUCUCCACGAACAUCAUCGAUGCAAUCGCGCUCGAGCGUUCCAAUGAAACAUGA